ACCGUUUUCAUUUUUACCGCUCAAAUCUCCAGAACUAUAUUAGCAGAGGAAUUGACCCGAAUGCAUCUGCCCCGGCACAAUGCUCCGUUUCUUCUCCCGCCAGGAAAAGCAAAUUCUCUCACUCUCCGUCACGCGCCACCUCUUCUCCACCGCCGCCGCCGUCCCGACAACCAUCACCGCUUCUUCAAAUCUCUAUUCAAAAUACUCCUUCGUACCUCCACCUUCCCUUAAACCCCAAAACCCUAAUUCCACUCAACCCCACUCUCAAUCACCACCCAAAAAGCAGCCCAAACCCCGGUACCGUCCGCCGUCAUCACUGGACCGGACCGGGGAGAAACCGGUUCAAUCCAGUUUGCCAUUCGACUUCCGUUUCAGUUACACAGAGAGCAGUACGGAGGUGCGGCCGAUUGGGCUUCGCGAGCCUAAGUACUCGCCUUUUGGGCCUGGAAAGUUGGAUAGGGUGUGGACUGGAGUUUGUGCGCCUGUGGUUGACCCAAAAGUGGGGUCUGCUGAAGAUGAGAAAACUGUGGAGGAGAAGAGGAGGGUUAUGAGAGAGAGAAUUCAAGGAGAGCCUUUGACGAAUGCUGAGAGAAAAGCUCUUGCGGAAACAUGCCAGAGGCAUAAAUCCAAGCGCCAAGUCAAUUUGGGGAGAGAUGGCUUAACACAUAACAUGUUGAAUGAUAUUCAUAACAACUGGAAACAUGCUGAAGCUGUAAGAAUAAAAUGUAUGGGCGUGCCUACAGUUGAUAUGAAGAAUGUUUGCACUCAGUUGGAGGAUAAGACAUUUGGUAAAAUCAUCCACAGACAUGGUGGUUUACUUGUGCUCUAUAGAGGAAGGAAUUAUCAUCCCAAGAAGAGGCCUGUUAUCCCCUUAAUGCUAUGGAAACCUCAUGAGCCUGUAUAUCCUAGGCUUGUAAAAACUACUAUUGAUGGCUUGAGUAUCGAGGAAACCAAGGAAAUGAGAAAAAGAGGAUUAGCUGUUCCGGCAUUAACAAAACUUGCCAAAAAUGGUUACUAUGGCAGUCUUGUACCGAUGGUACGCGAUGCUUUUCUCACUGAGGAGCUGGUUCGGAUAGAUUGUAAAGGCCUCCCAAAGAGCGAUUACAGGAAAAUAGGCUGCAAACUGAGGUGACAUUGCUGGCUGCUGCAAUAGGCAAAGCUGACCUAGAAGGAAUAUGUGAGCAUAUGGGGCAUGAAACCGCACCCAAACAGGGAUGGCCCAUAUAGAUCCCCCGAUUUCGAUAUCAACAAAUUUGAGGAUUUUACGAGGGGAGAUUCAACUUGGAUCCUGGCACAUGCAACAAAGCUUCAGUCACUGUUUGCAGUGGUCAAUGGCUGUGAGUCCCCUCAAGAAAUUUCUGGACCAGAUAUGAAGAGGACCCCCGAUUUCGAUAUCGACAAAUUUGAGGAUUUUAUGAGGGGAGAUUCAACUUGGAUCCUGGCCCAUGUAACAAAGCUUCAGUCACUGUUUGCAGUGGUCAAUGGCUGUGAGUCCCCCCAAGAAAUUUCUGGACCAGAUAUGAAGAGGAACACCACCGAGUCUGAUCCAAGUGUUGUUGUUUUCUGUCCAAUUCUAUGGUGAUUUUCCAAUUUCAUCUAAAGAGGGUGGGGCUGUUAUAGGGAAACUCCUAACUAAACAUCUCGAGAUACAGUUGUCUGGACUUGGUAGACCUUCUAUAUUAAAGCCUAUUUUGAGUGAAGCUCCAAACUUAAGGGAUUACCUUUGGCAUUUUUCCUUGGAAGGAUAUGGGUUCCUUUGGGAUGGACUAAAUUUUCAGUACUUUUAAGAACUUGGAGGACUAUCAGUGGUUAUCUUGUAUAUUAUGGAUCAUUUUGAUCGAACCCAAACGUAAGGGACUAUUUUGGGAUUUUUCUUGAGAAAAAGCCUGUCAAGGAAAAAACUCCUCUUUUAAUCUCAUAAUAAUAAGAUGGGCUGAAAAGCGGCAAUCAUAAACUAUUUUGGACUAUGAAUACCUACCAAGUAUUCAGUACGAUACACGGAAAAUAUGCCUGGUCAGCGGUAUGGUAUCAGAAAUCUUUUUAAUUUUCAGGGUACAAAUAUCCUUAUUUUGAGACAAUUACGGAAUUACCCAAAAAUCAGGUACUUUGAGCCAAAUUUGAUAUGUUUGGGGCCAGUGAAUUCUCUGAGGGACGAUAUUGGGUCUCUUUUGUAACUGAUAAAACCUAAUUAUUUGUAUUUGAAGAUGUAUGUAUGUUCCUGGCUGAUGCUUUCAGAUAAUAUCUGGUAAUUUAUAAGAAUGAUGUCGGAUAACUUCAAUCCAUAGUUAUAAAGUUGAAAUUUUUAGACGAUGAAAUGUGUGUUCUUACUUCUUACUUUACUUUCAAUAGUUAUUAAUGCUGCUUAUAAUAUUCUUUAGAUUUUAAAUGCAUAAUGAAAAAUUAUAAAGAAUGUUUAUAUAAUGCCUUUAUACUUUUAACACUGACUUGUGUUAUUUGUGAAUUUUUUUUGCU